AUGAUCGGCGCGGGUCUGGCGACCCUGGGCAUGAUCGGUGCCGGCCUGGGCGUGGGCCAGGUCUGGGCCAACUUCUUCAACGCCGUGGCCCGCAACCCGGCCGCCAAGGACGAGAUCGGCGCGAACAUCUGGAUCGGCUUCGCGGUGACCGAGGCCAUCGCGAUCUUCUCGCUGGUCGUCGCCCUGCUGCUCUUCGGCGCCGCGCAGCUUCGGGGCCCGGUCGACGGCAGGCAUGCCCUGCGCGCGGCCGGGUCGCCCUUUCGAGGAGCAGUUAGGGUGAGGACAGCCAUGCGCCGCACCACCGCCCGCCUUUCCGCCGCCAGCGUCGCCGCUGCGAGCCUGCUCGCCACCGGCCCGGCGCUGGCCGCGGAAGACGGCGGCCUGCCGCAGCUGACGCAGACCGAUACCUUCGUCGGCCAGAUCUUCUGGACCAUCGUCACCUUCGGCAUCCUCUACCUCGUGAUGUCGCGGGUGGUGAUCCCGCGGAUCGGCGAUGCGAUGGAGGAGCGCCAGGACAAGAUCGACGACGAUCUGGCCCGCGCCGAGAAGCUGCGCGGCGAGGCCGAGCAGGUCAUCCAGGAGUACGAGGCCGCCCUGGCCAAGGCGCGCGAGCAGGCCCGCGAGACCCAUCGCAAGGCGACCGCGGCCUGGGAGAAGAAGGCGGCCAAGCGCGAGGCCGACUUCGCCGAGAAGCUCGGCGGCCAGACCAGGGAGGCCGAGCAGCGCAUCGCCGCGGCCAAGGCCGAGGCGCUGGCCAACCUGAAGGAGGUCGCCACCGAGAUCUCCACCGCGGCCACCGCCAAGAGGGCAAGGCUGAUGCUGGGCAACGAGUACACCUGGGUCACCCUCUCCCUGCUGAUCGUCCUGGGCCUGAUCUUCUGGAAGGGGCUGGGCCCGGUCCUGCGCUCGCUCGACAGCCGCGCCGCGCGCAUCCGCAAGGAGGCCGAGGAGAUCGUCGAGCACGCCAAGGGCGAGGCCGAGCGCCUGCGCAAGGCGGCCGAGGCGGACCUCGAGGCCUCGCUGAAGCGCCGCGAGGAGCUGGCCAUGGCCAAGAUCGAGCAGGCCGAGCAGAACGCCCUCAGCGACGUGCGCAACCAGGCCGUCGACGUGGCGGUGGCCGCCGCGGCCAAGCUGAUCGCCGAGCAG